CGUACAAAACGCUGCGAUCGGCCUCCCGUGGGCUUAGUUUGUGAGACGCUUCCGAAGCGGCAAGUAGUUGAUAGCAACAUCGGCGGAUCGCAACAAAAAACACAACUGCACGCGUUGCACCGAAAAAAGAAUAAAAAUAUAUUCAAAAUAAAAAAAGAACCAAGGGAGACUGUCCCCUCCCCCCAAAAAUAUUUCAUUUCAUUUUCAUGUUUGUUUCGACUUGAGAACAAUUUUUGUCUCGAAAAACAACCCGAAAAAAUAAAGGAAAAUAAAACGUGUGGCGCGGCAUUUCAAACCGAAGAGCUCCCAUGUGCUGCAUUAACAAUUGACAAAACAUAAACAGCCAGUCCGUAAAAUAGAACAAUAGAUAAAUACCCCAAAACCCAACAGACAACAGCCAAAGAGGCCGAAAAAAAGAAAUUAUAAAUAAAUAAAUUGAAAAUAUUACAGGCUACAGACGAUCGGCGCUGGGCUAAGUGAAAGUAAAAACCUAGGCGCCUGGCCUUAUCUUUUCCCCUCGAGUGUCGGAACCUUUGCGGAGUGAAUGCACUCAUGGAAUUCAUUUAAUAACCUAAGCCUGAUCUAAACAAAAAUCCAAAAAAGCUGAUUUUUUUUGGCAAGGAAUAUAAAUAGACUGCAAAAGCAAAGGAAUCCAAGUUCAGUGCCGAAAAACAAUCUAGAAGAUACGAGUGCGUUUGCGUGGGGUCAGUCGUCUGUCUCAGGGAAAAAGAACGAUCUUUUGGGCAAAUACUCGAGAGUAUCUGUGAUAUUGCAUUUCUCAAAAUGACCCAGUCCAAGGACAAUCCGGAGAAGAGCCGCGAGCUCAUCAGCGAGGAGAACAUGAAGGAUCUGCUCACCAAGCAGCUGGAAGUUGUGGGCAGUGGUGGUGCAUUUGUUUGGGCUAUUUUCUUCCUGUGUGUGACACCCAAUAUUCUCAACGGCUUCCACGUGUCCUCGUACACUCUCCUGGGCCACCUGCCCGACGAUCAGUGGUGUGAUAUUCCGGAUCUUCAGUCCACCAACUGGACCUUGGCUCAGAAACGAGAAAUCGCAUCCAAGGGCCUGGAUUCUGGAGGAUGCACAGUAUGGGAUUGGAACUAUCAGCACCUGUCCCAGAUGUCCUAUGAGGCUGCCGUUAAUUACACCCUACACCUUUCGGAAUUCGGUAAACCAGCCGAGGUGUCCUGCAAGGUCAAGGGCCAAUAUGAAUACGCCAAUCCGGAGACCACGUUUGUAUCCGAUUGGGAUCUCACCUGUGAGAGGAGCAUUCAGCGAACUUCUGCCCAGGUUUCAAUAUCCUUGGGCAAGUUCUCUGGCUCCUUUACGUUUGGCAUCCUGGCGGAUAAAUUUGGUCGCAAAACCUCUUUUACCUUGGGUGCAGUUUUCUUUGUGGUAGGCAGUUUCUUCUGCACAUUCUCGCCCUGGUACAGUCUAUUCCUGGCUGGCCGUUUCGCCUUGGGAGCAGCCUCUUCUGGACUUUUCUAUCCUGCAUUUACAAUGAUUGUGGAAAAUAUAUGUCUGAAGCAUCGUUCAUGGAUGUCUAUUGCAUUUUCCGCCUCCUACCCCAUUGGCAUGAUUAUCCUGGCAGUUAUGGGCUAUCUUAUCCAGCCAUGGCGCCACCUGCAAUUAGCCUUGACCAUUCCCUCCUUGCUACUUAUUCUGAAUUGCUACCUGAUGAAUGAGUCACCCCGAUGGCUGAUCACGAACCAAAGAUACGAUCGCGUCUACAAGAUCCUCUUCAGACAGCCGAGCCACUACGAAAUUAAACCCGCAAUUGCAGCCUCUCCAAUCGUCACCGAUAAGAAGUCGUUGGAGCCAGAAGAAAGCUUCUCCCUGGUAGACAAACUGAAGAAUGGUCCUCUUAAGUCUAUCAUUGAGUUGUACGCGAAUUCCAAUGUCCGCAAAUUGAUCUUCACGUCGUACUUCAUGUUCUGCGUUACUUCCUUGAGUUAUUAUGUAACGGCUCUGAAUGCCGCCAACUUAUCGGUAUCCAGAUAUCUGUACAUCAUAGCUACGGGUCUGGUGGACAUACCCUCUUACUUGGUGCCUGUGAUUAUGCUUCGUUAUACAGGACGUCGCAUUACCACCAUGUUCCUGUUCCUGUGGACAGGUGUGUCCCUGCUGUUGGUGCUCUCCGUUCCUGCUGGCAGCACCACCUGGAUCGUGGCCUUCGCCAUGCUGGGUCGCUUCGGCAUUAGCGCCACCUACUCGGUGGUCACCCUCUACACUGCAGAGCUCUAUCCCACCCAGAUUCGGAACUCUGCACUGGGCACCUGCUCCACAUUUGCCCACGUGGGUUCCAUAUCGGCGCCGUAUGUGGUCGAUGUGCUGGGCGCCCUCGGAUGGUACAUUCCAACAACGAUCUGCGGCUGCUGCGUUCUAGUAGCUGGCCUGCUGACCCUCACGCUGCCGGAGACAGGGACGGGCAAGUUGUCCGACAAUGUCGAGGAGACUGCAGCGGCCCCUAAUCCCACAGAGCAGCCGGAGAAGCAGUGAUCGCAGCAGACUGUCUCGCAUUGUAGCAUAAGUUACAUUUUCCCAAUUGGAUUUUAAUAGAGGGGAACCCAUUCUAAAAAAUCCUAUUGGGAAAAUGUGUUAUAUAGUUAGUCUAGCCUAAAAUAAAUCUUCUAUAGACAUAGGAUAUCCUUCAGUACUCUAGCCUAAGUAUUUGUUUAGUCCUUGCUAUUCCUGCAUUGUUUAAGUAUAUAUAUUCGUAACUGUUUUUUGUUUGAUAACGUAUAAUAAAUUCAACUACGUAUACGUGAUCCCCAGA